AUGUUCCCGCGGAGGCCGCCGGCCUCCCUGGCCGCCUGGCUGGCGGGCGCCGUGGCGGCGGGGGCGGGGGCGCGCGGCGGGGGCCUCCUGGCCCUGCUGGCCAAUCAGUGCCGCUUCGUGACGGGCCUGCGCGUGCGGCGCGCGCAGCAGAUCGCGCUGCUCUACGGCCGCCUCUACUCCGAGAGCUCCCGCCGGGUGCUGCUCGGCCGCCUGUGGCGCCGGCUGCGGGGCCGUCCUGGCCAUGCCCCCGCUCUGAUGGCGGCCCUCGCAGGUGUCUUCGCGUGGGACGAGGAGAGGAUCCAAGAGGAGGAGCUGCAGAGAUCAAUUGAUGAGAUGAAACGGUUGGAAGAAAUGUCAUAUAUGUUUCAGAACUCUGGAGUUAGACGCCACUCUCCAGAUCCAAAACCCCAGACAGAAGGGAAUGAAGAUUCAGGGGACAGAGAGCAACCCUGGGAAAUGGUGAUGGAGAAGAAGCACUUUAAGCUGUGGCGGCGCCCAAUUAUAGGCACACACCUUUACCAGUACAGAGUUUUUGGAACCUACACAGAUGUGACACCCCGGCAGUUCUUCAACGUUCAGCUGGAUACAGAGUAUAGAAAAAAGUGGGAUGCCCUGGUAAUCAAGCUGGAAGUAAUUGAGAGGGAUGUGGUUAGUGGUUCUGAGGUUCUUCACUGGGUAACCCAUUUUCCUUAUCCAAUGUACUCACGGGAUUAUGUUUAUGUUCGGCGGUAUAGUGUGGAUCAAGAAAACAAUGUGAUGGUGUUGGUGUCACGUGCUGUGGAGCACCCUAGUGUGCCAGAGUCUCCGGAAUUUGUAAGGGUCAGAUCAUAUGAAUCCCAAAUGGUUAUCCGUCCCCACAAAUCAUUUGAUGAGAAUGGCUUUGACUAUUUGUUGACAUACAGUGACAAUCCCCAGACUGUGUUUCCUCGAUACUGUGUUAGCUGGAUGGUUUCCAGUGGUAUGCCGGAUUUCCUGGAGAAGCUGCACAUGGCCACUCUGAAAGCCAAGAACAUGGAGAUCAAAGUAAAGGACUAUAUUUCAGCUAAACCUCUAGAUAUGGGCAGUGAAGCCAAGACCACCUCUCCAUCUUCUGAGCGGAAGAAUGAGGGUAGUUGUGGCCCUGCCCGCAUCGAGUAUGCUUGAAGGGCUUUGGGAUGAGAAGAGACAGGCUUCUUGUAGUCCUGUCUUGAUCCCUUAUCACUCUGCUACAGAAUGGGGACAUGUAUUAGAAGGCGUCUGCUGUAACUACCAGUGCAAGAUGAUUCACUAACUGGUGUCCAAUGUCAUUCAGAGCCCUUAAUUGCUCUUUAUCAAAACAGAGAGAAGGAGGUGUCCUUGGGGACUUUGUGAUAUUCUUAGGCCAAGCAUUCUGAAUUUCAGUAUUUCAUGGGCUAAUCUGGAACAAGCCUUUCACCUCAGGCCCGACGGGGAUGACUUCUGUUUGGUUCUUCUGAGUAGUUUCCUCUGCCAACAUUCCAGUUCCUACCAGUGGUUCUGCUGCAAUCUUGGAUGUCCCUCAGCUCUGAAGGUCCAACUGGAAAGUGCAGUUGGCUCAUUGAGUCUUUCAGUGAGGGAUCAUGGGAGUGCUCUUGGUAACAAUUCUAGUGUUGCAUGGAUGUGAACUAUUGCUUGGCAGUACAAGUGCCUUGUCUUCACUUUGUUUCUCUCUUUAGGGGCAUAAAGAAUGUACCAAGAAGUUUCUCUUUCAACCUCUCACUGCCACCCCUUUGACUCACCCUGCCCUAGCAGUUUCCUUUGAAUUGGCCAUUUUCUAUGUCUCUGCACUGUUUUCAUUUGGAUCAUUGUCUCCAUCUAAACCUUAGUGCAUUUACCAAGAGCACUGGGAAAUGAGUCUUUUUAAACUGUAAUUUUCUGUAUCUUCAGUGUGUUCAUAGAGUCGGUGGAGAUACUCAAAAUACCACACUUAAAUUUAGUUCAGUUUUUUCUUUUUUUAAUCUCUGUUUCAAAAAGUAGGAAUUGGGGAGUUGAGUGAGAUUUUUCCAUAGUCACACUGUAUAGGAAACACUAUUUUGGUUCAGGCAUUAUUUUUCACACUUCAGGUUUGACUGGAAGCUGAGGUCUUGUCCAUCUUGGAAGGCAGAGGAAUGGGGGUUGGGCCACUCCUGUGGAGCUCUCAGAGCUGUAGAAAAGCUGUGUGAAUGAAUAGAUGUACUCUUACCCCAAAUACUAACAUAAUGGGGUUGUGGUUUAUAUCUUAUUCAUUUGAAUUUUUUCCCUGCGUUUCUUCAAAGCUAGUGUAAAAGCCUACUUACUGAUUGAAGUCACAGUCAGAUGGUAUCAGUUUGGCCUUGCUGGUUUGGCUUAUGGUCAUGCUACAAUCUGUCAGGGGAACAGGGAUCAAAUUUUAAAUCCUCCUCUCUCCUUUUUUCUUAGAGUUUAAAUGACCAGAUUUUUCCCUUUUUCUCUGCUAGAAUCCCUUUUGAGUUGUUGAAAAGGGAUCUAAAUCUGAGACUAAUUUAAACUUGGCCUUUUUGCUGCCUGUUAAGUUUUGUGCCAAGGAAAUAACUGCCCCAGUGUUUCAUGUCUUUCCUUUGAAUGGUUGGCAGAGCAGAAAGAUGCAUCAAGCUGUUCCAGCUUCUUUUCAUUGAUUAUUUCUCUCUUCUCAUCCCCAGGACCUGACAGAAGGCAGGAAAGAAUCCCUGGGUUAUGUCUGAACUUGUUGGUGCAUGGAAGGGUGUGAGUGAGUGAGUGUGAGUGUGUAGAUAUUAAGGAACUGUGUGUUGUUCAUGUUUUGAUUUUUGGCAAUUUGACUGCACUUGGGGUCAGUCUGUAUAGUUGCUUAUGUCAUUGUAAUGAUUUCACUCCUAACUGUGACAUUUCUAUCAAAUGUGUGAAUAAAUACAUAAAGAUUGGUACAAAAGUGUUUGUGUCUUGACAGACUAGUGGGAAGCAAGAGCUUAUUAGGGUUAUCGUUUCUUCCUUAUUAUUAUAAAGUUGAAGAAAGAGUGUUUCUCCUAAUAAAGGUGGCACAUGGAAGUAGCAGGACUCGUUCUUUAUUGAUAGUGGUUUACCAC